CGUAUAUAUAAAUGCUUCAUAUAUUGACCAUGAUCACAUGUUGUGAGUCCUGUAACGAUAUUGUUGAGAUUCAUAGAACUUUUCACUUUUCUCGGACUUUAGUACUAUAUACAGGUACUUAGAUGUAGAUAUAAUAUACAGGUGUAUACAUUAUAAACCUUUAUGUAAACAGAGAUGAAUGACACAUAAUUCAUCACACUAAAGAUUGUCAACUGUGAAUUGAAGUACCGACCGUUGUUGUAUGUGUACAGAACUGACACAAAAAACAUUGGAUAAUAGAUUAGAAGAAAAGAUGUCAUACAAGCCAACUAUAUACAUAAUGGGUCCCCGACCUGGACUGAAGGAAAGUAUCAAGGCAAUUGAUGACUCCUUAGAUGUUGUAUUUAUUAAAACUGAUUGGAGAGAAGCACCAAAUUUUACUGAUGUGGAUGUUGAGAAAAUAGAAAUUGUUGUGAGCAGUCAUCACUCAUUUGGAGCCAUCUAUGAACAUUGUCCAAACUUGCGCUGGUUCCAUUCUUUAACGGCAGGAAAUGAACGAAUGUUUCGAUAUAUUGGAACAAUGGAUGUAAAACCGGAAUGUUUUUACACGAGAAGUUGUGCAGUUGUUAGCGAAUUCGUUUCUCAAUACGUCAUCACACAAAUAUUAGCUCAUGAGAAAUGUAUGUUUCAACUUUACCAAAAUCAUAAAGAUAAACGAUGGACGAGAACAAAUUUGUCCUCUCGAUGUACGUCUGAUGUUACAGUCUGUAUAUUAGGACUAGGGAGCAUCGGAAUGAAAGCGGCUAAAUUAUGUAAAACAUUUGAUAUGAAAGUUAGUGGUAUUACGAAUGCCCCUGUGAAAAAAGAAGAUCGAGAUAUCUCUGUUGAUCAUUAUGGAUUAUUGGAGGAUUUAGAAGAUUUAUUAUCUACAUGUGAUUAUAUAGUUAAUCUGUUACCAUCUACUAAUCUUACAGUUGGUUUAUUAAACGGUCACGUCUUAUCUGCUUGCAAAAAGAAACCAGUGUUUAUCAAUGUUGGUAGAGGUGACAUAAUCAAUGAUCAAGAUAUCAUCCACGCUUUAAGGGCUAAUUGGAUAUCAAAAGCCAUUCUAGACGUUUCAAAAAUAGAACCAAUUCCAGAAAAUAGUAUUUUAUGGAAUGAACCCAAUGUUUUUAUUACUCCACAUGUAGCUUUUGGUCCAGGAACAUCUUCAUCCGCAUAUUUAAAGCAAGCAGAAGAAUAUUUAAUAAAUUAUAAAAGAUACAUAAACAACCAAGAACUGAAUAAUACAGUACCCUGGAGUAGAGGAUAUUAAAAUUGUGUGAUAAUAAAAAGACGGGGAACGAGAAAACACUAACAAACAAUCACAUAUCAAAGUUAUAUACAUACUCGGAGAGAAAGAAACACAAUUUAUAUAGAAACUGAAAAACAUGUAUCGAAAACUUCUGUGAUAAAUGUUUAUUUAGUUGACUGAAAAAUAAAUGUGGGAAACAAGGUUUUAGCUUCGAA